AUGGACAUGGCUGUGGACUGGUACCUGCCCAUCCCUCUGCUCUUCACCGUCCUGGCCCUCAUCCUCACCUCCAUCUUCGUGAAGCUGCAGGGAGCUGAGGGGGAGUGGCCCCGGGAGCCGCCAGUGGCCAAAGCAGCCAGGAAGAGUGGCCCUGGGGACCAAGCAGUGGUGAGAGAGGGGUCCCAGGCCGGGAGGGAGCGGCUGCCAGUGGAGGAGUUUGGGGCGGUCGAGGAGGGGAAGGAGAAGACUGCCAAGCAGUGGGAGGAGGCAGCAGAGGAACCGAGCAUCCCCCAGUAGGCAGCCAAGAGCAUCCCCCAGUAGCCGCCCACCGAGCCUCAUGAGCCUGAGCCCCAGGAGGAUGCAGAGAGUAAGAUACCACCUUUGGGAACCUCAGCUGGGUCCAGCCUUGGGCACCUGGGACAAGCGGAGGAUACAGGAGACCACACAGCACCUUCCAGCAAGGCAGAGGAAGAUCUGAACUCAGAAAAAGAGAAGCUGGUGGUAAGAGAGCCAGCAAGCACAGCAGCUACACCAUGCCCAGUGACAAGUACAGCGGCAUCAUCUGAGAGUUCUGAAGGUUUUAAAUGGCCUCUGGGUACCCUUGAGACCUGCCUGCUGAUUGUGAUGGGGAUCAGCGUGUUGGCACACAUAGAGAGUGUGUUUUAA